AUGCCCUUGACCCGCACUUUCACCCAGCUUUAUCACGAACUUUGUCGCAGUCAACCUCUGUUCACCGUCUCACCCCGAGAUGUCAAGAUUUUAAAGCGUCCGGAUGAGUUUUAUUCGCAACUUUUGACAAUGAUUCGGGGAGCGGAGAGAAGGAUAUUCUUAUCCUCUCUAUACAUUGGUUCAAGUGAAUCAGAACUCAUAGACGUUCUAACGGAUUCUCUCCGUAAAAGACAUGUCUUAAACCUCUACUUGCAACUCGACCUCAAUCGUUCUACUCGACCCGGAGCGUCUUCGACAGCCAAAAUCUUAUUGCCUCUUCUCGAAGAGUUUCCAAAUCGUGUUCACGCGUCUUUCUUUCGUAGCCCGAAUCUACGUGGUAUCAUGGCUAAACUUGUUCCACCGCGGUUCAACGAGGGUUGGGGCACAUGGCAUGCAAAGAUUUACGGAGCAGAUGAUGGCGUGAUGAUAAGUGGUGCCAAUCUAAACAAAUCCUAUUUUACCGACCGCCAAGACCGAUAUCUUCAUUUUUCCAACCAACCUACACUAUCUCAGUAUUGUUUCGACUUCAUGAAAACGGUGUCCGGGUUCUCGUACCAACUUUGUCCAACGGACGUGAAGAAUUCGAAGUCGGAAUUGGAUUUGGGACCGUAUUCGUUCACUCAUAAGGACGGUUACACGAUGUUCUGGCCCGAUUUUAGGACGCACCCGCAUAAGAUACAUCGGAAGGCUGAGGAGGCUCUUUCUGCGUUUCAAAGGACUUACUGCGAAUCUACUCAGGACGUAACGAAAUCAAGGCAGGAAGAUCCAGAGAAAAUGGCAUCAGAACUCAUAGAGGCAGAGUCUAGUGUCGCGCUAGUUCCGAUUAUCCAGGCAGGACAGUUUAAUAUCAAGGAAGAGGAAAAGACGUUCGAAUGCCUGUUUCGACAUGUAAACGCAUACGGGAUGCAACCAGAUACGAGAGAAGACGAUAAUAAUCUACAGAAUCGUCCCCUCAUUGACUUAACAAGCGGAUAUUUCGGGUUAUAUGAGCGUUAUCAAAGGCUAAUUCUCGGUUCAACUAAUGUCGACGUUCGAGUGAUAGCUGCAAGUCCAAAAGCGAACGGCUUCUACGGAUCCAAAGGUAUCUCAGGUCGUAUACCAGACGGAUACACCUUAUUCGAACAACGAUUCAUGGCGGCUGUCAAACGAGCUGGGAGGUUAUGGACAACUACGACUCGGAAAGGCGUUCAGUUACAGGAGUGGUGGAAGGAUGGGUGUACCUACCAUGGAAAGGGAUUAUGGCUUUAUCCAACACGAAACUCUGCUCCGGUCCUCACGCUCUUCGGAUCGACGAACUUAAACUCGCGUUCCGCACAUAUCGACACGGAACUUUCGUUUUUGAUGAUCCUGCCAUCUGAUACUCAGCUUUCUGAACGAUCAACCGCGACGUCGAAUUCAAACUCGAUAUCCCGACUUAGUACUGACCUGGCUGCGGAGGCAGCUAAUAUCAGGCAAGAUGCUGGCGAAUGGAAGGGUGGAGAGAGAAGAAUUCCGUUACUCACUAAAUUAAUUGUUGCUUUGGUGGGAGGAAUGUUAUGA